UAAACUGGUGCGGGUGAAGAGAGAAAGAAGGAACUGGGAAGAGAAAAGGGAAGUUAGACCUCCCUUCCCUCCUUGUCUUUCUCAGAAAACCAAACAUGGCAUCUUCCAUGAAGAGCUUGGUUUCUGACCACAGCAGAUAUGUUGAAUCUUUCCGGAGGUUUCUCGACAAUUCCACGGAGCAUCAGUGCAUGCAGCAAUUCAUGGACGAGAAGCUGCCGGGCAUAAUAGCAAGGAUUGGAGACACAAAAUCUGAAAUUAAGAUUCUAAGCAUUGGUGGAGGUGCAGGUGAAAUUGAUCUUCAUAUCCUCUCCAAAGUGCAGGCUCAAUACCCAGGAGUUAGUAUCAACAAUGAAGUUGUUGAACCAAGUGCUGAACAAAUCACCAAGUACAAAGAGCUUGUAGCCAAGACAUCAAACCUCGAGAACAUAAAGUUUACUUGGCAUAAGGAGACAUCAUCUGAAUAUCAAAAUAGAAUGAUGGAGAAAAAAGAACUUCAGAAGUGGGACUUUAUUCAUAUGAUUCAGAUGCUGUAUUAUGUAAAAGACAUCCCAGCCACCCUGAAAUUCUUCCACAGUCUCUUAGCUACCAGUGCUAAGAUUCUCAUUACUGUUGUGUCCGGAACCAGUAGCUGGAACAAGCUGUGGAAAAAGUACGGAUCUCACUUACACCGGGAUGAGCUCUGCCAGUAUGUCACGUCAUCUGACCUCAUGCAGAUGCUGGACAAGAUGGGGAUUAAGUAUGAGUGUUAUGACCUUCUGUCCACCAUGGACAUAUCUGACUGUUUUAUUGACGGCAAUGAAAAUGGAGACCUGCUUUGGGAUUUUUUGACAGAAACCUGCAACUUUAGUACAACAGCACCACCUGAUCUCAAAGCAGAAAUUAUGAAAGAUCUGCAAGAGCCUAAAUUCAGUGUAAAGAAAGAGGGAAAGGUCCUUUUCAAUAACAGUCUGAGUUUCAUAGUGGUUGAGGCAUAAAUAUCCACCAUGAGAAUGUAUUCAAAAGCUAUAGUUUGAACAAUUUUGAUCAUUCACUUAUUUGUGUAUUAAAAUUAUAAAUAUAUCUCAUAACAUAAACAGAGCAUUUUCUCUGAUAUGUAAAAUCUAGAAAAUCCCAAGAUAUUCUUGGACUUACAUGUGGAAUCAUAUAUGACACGGCUGGUCUUAUCCCAUCCCUUCUAUCGGUAAAGAGACUACAUGCUGUCUACAUACCACAUAAUCUGGAAAAAUGAGACAACUAAGUUUCACGGGCUUUAUUGACAAUAAAAUCCUUUCCAUUUGUUGAUUAUAAUGGAAUUUCUGGGAAUACUAAUAAAAUAUGUGCUAUGGAUUUUUAAAAUACUAGUAAAGUAUAUGCUUAUUGAUA